GACUUGCAGACCAGAAGAAGCGGCUUUUGCCAGAGAGCGAUCUCCACGAGUCGUUCGCACAUCCCCAAGGGAUUAGUAGUCCCUGGAAAGCGGCGUCGCUCUUUCUCGUAGGCCUCGCCGCGUCGACGAGAGCGAGGAGGAGUCCCCGAGUGGCCGCCUGCGGGAGGAGGCGUGUGACAGGGAGGAGGCAGCGCAGGGAGGGGGAGGAGGAGACGCGAAGCGGCCGGAGCUGGAGGUGGCAGAGGGGGAGGCUGCAGUGGCCCGCCUGGCAGCCGCCUUCGUCGCCCCCGACCCCGACCCCAGCGGCGCCCAGUGGAGCGGAGGGAGCCCGCGUCAGCCGUGCCCAGCGGGGCCUCCGCCCGGCCUCUAAGCGAGCGCUGCACCCGGCACUGCCCUCCGCCCUCUCCAGUUCCUUCUCUCCGUCCCUGCCCAGCGCCAUGGCGGCGGCGGCGGCGGCUGAUGCCAACGGCGGCGGCGGCGGCGGCCGCUACCAGCAGUUGCAGAAUGAAGAAGAACCUAGUGAUAACCUGCAAACUGCCAAUGAUUUCCCACCACCUUACAGCAGUAUUUCUGGAGAAAAUACAGUGUAUUUCGACUACAAAGAUGAGGCUGGUUUUCCUAAACCCCCUUCUUAUAAUGUAGCCACAACACUGCCUACUUAUGAUGAAGCUGAGAGAACGAAGGCAGAAGCUACCAUUCCUUUAGUUCCAGGAAGGGAGGAGGACUUUGUGGCAAGGGAUGACUUUGAUGAUUCUGACCAGCUGAGGAUAGGAAAUGAUGGCAUUUUCAUGCUGACUUUCUUCAUGGCAUUCCUUUUCAACUGGAUUGGAUUCUUCCUUUCUUUCUGCCUGACUACUUCAGCAGCAGGAAGAUACGGGGCCAUUUCUGGAUUUGGUCUCUCUCUCAUUAAGUGGAUCUUGAUUGUCAGGUUCUCCACCUAUUUCCCGGGUUACUUUGAUGGUCAGUACUGGUUGUGGUGGGUGUUCCUUGUCUUAGGCUUUCUCCUGUUCCUCAGAGGAUUUAUCAAUUAUGCAAAAGUUCGGAAGAUGCCUGAUUCGUUUUCCACUCUUCCCAGGACUAGAGUUCUCUUUAUUUACUAAAGACAGAUGUUUUCUGGCAAUGUCUUCCUGCAUUAAUGAAUCCUCCCUCAGAUAGUCAGUGGACACCUGCAGGAAGCAAAUCAAGAUUCUGAACACAGAAGAAAAAAAAUAAUCACCUGCUUUAAAAGAAAUAAAGUACUGUUGAAAACAGAAGCAUUUCUUUCUAUUUGUUUCUAGAUGUAAAAUUUUUAAUAGUUUAAUGCAGAACUCCUGUAAUCAUUGAUUGAAUCAUUAGUGGCUAAUGUUUGAAAUGGCUCUUGCAAUCAAGUCUGUGAUGUUACUAAUAAAGCCUUAUAAUAGUAUUUGUAGUCAUUUAAAUAGCAUGAGCUAUUGCCCUGUAGCCAGAAGGGGUCAGUGUUGCUUUUUUGUUCUACUUAAAAAUGAACUUUGAAUAUGUUCUCGUAAGAUAUGUAAUAAUGCUGGCCAUUGCGAAGGGAUGUUCUCGGAACUUUAGAAAAUUGUUUUGACUGUAUUUCUGCACAUAGUAUGUAUCUGUUGUUAAAAUAAAUUGAAAACAACCUGGAAGUAAAACUUUCAUGCACAAUAUGAAUGUUUUAAAAGUAUGAUCCUGGAAGAGUGUUGUUAAGAGGAUAGCACAAGUAUUAAUGUCUGGUAGUAUGCAUUCUUAACUUUGCAGUACAUAUUACUUUGAUACUGCUAAUUUUGAGUAGGAACCCUCACACUGGUGGUGUUAAAUGGGAAGAUUUUGAUGCUAUGUUGUGUAAAAUCAGAAUGCAUCACCGUCUGUGUUGAUGUUAGGACUCUGGAAGUAGUUCCUAACAUAGCUGUAUUUCUGCUUUUUCUAAUAUCUGGUGCAGUUCAAUAUAGAUUAAUGUCCACUUCUGUGCUUUCUGCAAAGCAGUAUUUCAGAGUUUUAUUAUGUUUAAACUGUAAAUAUAGCAGAAUGUUAAUAAAUGCCACUUAUAUGA